AUGGGCCUUGGAUACACGUCCAGUUUAAGAGCAGACGGGCUUUUUAAGGAGGAGAUGGCUAAUAAGAUGAAGAAAUUGGAUUCUGUUCCAGCUAUUAAUGCAGGCAAAGGAAUAACGACAGAAAGUAGUAAAUUAGGAAUUUGUCUGAACAACUCAUUUGCUGUUUUAAAUGAAGACAGUGAUGCAGAUUGUCUUGGGAAGCUGGAAGAGUCUGUUAAGCUGUUGGACAUGGGGAGGGAAGUUAUGAAUGAUGAUGUUGUGAGUUAUGUUAAGCCCUGUAUUAGUGGUUCUGCUAGAGUCAGAAUUGCUAAAGGGGCUAGGAAGAAGGAGGCUGCUCUGUAUUUGAAAGAGGUGGUUAGAGAUCAUGAUAUUUUUUUCAUUGGCCUUAUGGAGACAAAGAUGACUAAUAUAAGUAGGAAGGAUGUUGAUGGUCUUAUUGGUAAGGAUUGGGAUUAUUUCCAUUUUCCUGCUGUGGGCCUUUCUGGUGGCAUCUUAGUGCUGUGGAAUAUGAAAAUUGGGAAUUUUGUGGUUAAAGAUACUUCUUCUCAGAUGAUUGUUGGAGAUUUAUCUAUCCCUAGAUUGGGGAUAUGGAGGAUUGCUACUGUUUAUGGCAGUAGAUGUUGCAAGGAGCGGGAAAGUCUUUGGAGCUUGUUGGGUAACUGCAUGGUGAGUUCUAAUCCCUCUAUCGUUGGGGGAGAUUUCAAUUGUGUGCUAAGCAAAGAGGAGAAGGGAGGUGGUAAAAGGUUCACUUGGUGCAAUAAUAAGGAAGGGACAUCCAGGAUUUGGGAGAGGCUGGAUAGGUGUCUUUUGAAUUCAGCUGCUCUUCAAUUGCUUCCUUCGACUGCUACUAGGCAUCUUGCUAGGGUGGCUUCGGAUCAUAGUCCUAUUGCCUUCAAUGUGGAUGACAAGGUGCGUGUAAAAUCUAGAAUCAUUAGAUUUGAGGAUACUUGGAGGUUGUAUCCUGCUGCUAGAAGCAUUGUUUAUCACUCUUGGAAGAAGAAUGAUUUUGGAGAGGAAGGUAUGGUUCUUCAAAUGAAGAUUAAUAGAACUUUAAAAGCUCUCUUUUUCUGGAGUAAGAGCAAAUGUAAAGAUCUAAAUGAGUUAAAGGAGAAGCUGAAGAUGGAUAUUCUGGAGUUUCAACAUAAGGAAGCUAUGGGUGGUGAUUGGUUAGCUCAUGAUCUUAUUUUAAUUAGAAGUAAAAUCCAUGAACUUAAUGUAACUUUGAAGAGGUUGUCAACAUGGUGGAACCAAUGGGAUAAAGCUAGGUGGCUUGAGGAAGGUGACAGUAAUUCCAAAUUGUUUCACAAUUUUGCAACGGCUAGGAGAAAUGGCAACAAAGUGAACCAAAUUAAAGAUAUUCAUAAUGUGGUGCAAAUAGAAGAUGAGGAGAUUGAAAAGGUGUUCAUUCAACACUUUGAAGCAAAAUGGAAAGUUAGAGAUUGUCAACUCACGGGUUAG